GAUAUAUUAUUGUAAAUAUUUUUCACAUAUCUUGGUUUGAAUAUGCUGUCAUUAGCUAAGUUGCUUAGCUUACUUGUUAUUUUUUGGGGAGAGGGAAUAAGUGCAAGGUUAUAGAACUGUUUCAUAGAUUUAUAAUGGGGAGUAAAAGUUUUUUAACUUUAAAAUUAAACUUAAAACAUCUAGUCAGUCAUUUUGAAGUAGUUAUUCUUUCUUUUGGAAUUAAGUUUAGAAUACUGUAGUGUCUAUCGACUAAUAUGUUAUGUAACUGUUAAGUUGUUACAUAAAUGUCUUACAACCCAUUUGGCACAAACUGCACUUCCCAACACGUUCGACCUGAUCUUACCUCUAGGAUUGGUCACCCUUUUCACAGGGAGUAAUAAAGACAACCACAGUUAAUAACUUUAAUACCACCAUGUGAUCUCCGUGUGACCAGAUUUAUAAAGGCAAUAAAAGACAGAUAACAGCUUAAUAUGAACAUGACUGAACUGGGAACUUGCAAAGGUAACUGCAACAAAGAUGACCAUCAGAGAAACUAUCCAUGGUUCUGCUUUGUGCAGUGUCCUAUGAAACUACAUUUAUCAACCAAAUUACCAAAACAAAAAUGUAAUGUCAUAGAGUUUAGAGAUUGGUUUGAUUGGUUUGAGUGUAAUCACUGAUUUAACUUAAAGUAAUUAAAGAAAAACAGGAGAAAUUAAAACUGCAGGCAGCGAUGUCAGACACUGCAUGCAUGAGCUAUAUCUGACAAUAUUUUCUGCGUGGACUGCAUUGCACUGAUAAUUAUGUAUGGUAAAUUUUAUAUCGCUCCAUGGGUCUGGUAGGUGGCGCAAGAUAGCAUGCGCUAAGCAUGCAUUAUUUUGCUGCAUGGACCACACAGCAAAAAACUAUUGUUAAUCCGAUAAUGUUUGUCACACAAGGGCCACCUCCUGUUGCCAAUAGGUGGCACAAUAAUUUGACACAGUAUUGGCAUGUGGAUGACUUCAGGUCUGAACUCUUAUCAAGCAUGAGAAAUUUUGGGCAGAUUGGACAAUGUAUGCUCAAGUUACAACAACUUCCUGUUUAAUGGGUGUUGGGGAAACAUGCAAAAUGGCUGCCACACCAUGGAAACAUUCAACGAAACCCCUAAAAUUUUAACAGCUUGUCUUUGUUAAGGUCUUAAGAUUGUGCUGAUCAAAUUUGAAGUCGAUCUCAUUAAUUAGUUAGGAACAGUACAACACCUAGAAAUGGCCAAAAAUACACUGAUAUUGCCCAUUAAUUUCAACAUGUCUUACUUCCUGUUGUGUUAAGUGUAUGGCUCCAAGACACUUUUUUAAGUCUUGGUAUGUUAAAUAUGCUUGCUAAAUGUCAGGCAUCUAGGUAAAAUGAGCCACGAGGGCUACUUUAUAGUAAUUUUGUAGGGGGCACUAUCGAGCUAUUAUGUCACACACGAGCAUGAAAACCAAAAUCUGUAAACUUUUUCAAUUGUUUUGUGAGUUUUUGAGCACAUUUAGCCCCUCAGAGAUGCAAUUCACUUGCAUAAAUGAUGAUAAUCCCUUGUAUUAGAACAGGGUCCUCAACCCAAUCAAUACUUUGGCCUAGGAAUUCGAAAAUGAACAGGCCUACCAUGCACAGGCCCAGGGACCUAAAGUGUCACUCAAAUAAAUUCGUAUCGACCAACCGACCGGGAAGAUGCCCAAAAUGCCCAUAAAAAGACACAAAAAGACCACAAAAAGAUGCAAAGAAAAUGCAAAGAGACACAAGUAACUCCAAAAAUGAGUAAAACAACCACAAGGAGACACAAAAUGACUACAAAGUGUCACAAAGCAACCAAAAAAGACACAAAAUUACCUACAGAAACACAAAAUUACCCCAAAAAGACACAAAAAUCUCUCGGUAAGACCCAAAUGACUACAAAACGACACAAAAACAACCAUUAAGAGAUACUUAAUAACCACAGACUAUGCGUUUUGCUCCCAUGUGGCAGAGUGGGUGGGGCCCUUUGCAUAUCUGUGCCCAGGAGCCCACAGUCUCAUAAUUCGCCCAUGUUUGGGCCAUAACUAAAGCAAACACAGUAUGCUACCUUUGCGGACAUUACAAGUUCUGUAUGGUUGGGAGAGAGUUACAGCCUCGAGCAAGGGAGUUCAAGUAUCUUGGGGUCUUGUUCACGAGUGAGGGUAGAAUGGAGAGCGAGGCUCAGCCUUAGAGAUAGGGUAAGGAGCUCGGAUAUCCGGAGGGAGCUCGGAGUAGAGCCACUGCUCCUUCGUGUCAAAAGGGGUCAGUUGAGGUGGUUCGGGCAUCUGAUCAGGAUUCCUCCUGGGCACCCCCCGUCAGAGGUGUUCUGGGCACCUCUCACUGUAGAAGGCCCCGAGGCAGACCCAGAACACGCUGAAAGGACUACAUAUCUCAUCUGGCCUGGGAACAUCUUGGGGUCCCCUAGGAGGAGCUGGAAAGCAUUGCUGGGGAGAGGGACGUCUGGGGCGUUUUGCUUGGCCUGCUGCUCCUGAUAAGCGGAUGAAUAUUGAUGGACGGACAACUUCUGUAGCAUACAGUGUUUGUGAAAACUUUAUAAUAUUUUCUUUGUGUGUUUAUAAAAGGUCUUUGCUGAUUCCUCUGAUAUUUUAAGUAAUUAUUUGUUGCAUAGUGUAUCCAAAGUGAUAUAUGGACAUCAUUGCGUUGAGUGUGACAAGAGACAGAGGAUCAGUUGGAUGUUGUAAAGACAUCUGAAAAUGAGAGUUUGUUUGUGCGCACCUUUCAACAUGUACCUUGAACUCAACGUAUUUCAUCAAAACAUAAGGCUAAUGACAGGUAAUCUAAGGACACUGUAAUUUAACAUGUUGUAUGCAUUGUAUUGGGGUUAUGAUAAUAUUGUUGAGUCAUUAAAACUAAUUUCGUAUUUCUUAAAAUGUGGUAGAUUAUGAUUUAAAAUGAAGUUUUACCCAUAUUUUAAAGUUGAUUUCCUUGAUUGACUGGUUGAUUGUUAAUUAUGGCAUAACUGUACUAAGCUUCAACGAACCAAGACCUAGAGUCACCCAGUCGUUGGAUCAUAUUGAUUUACUCAUUAAACUCGGUCUAAUCAUUUGCGAGGCGCCAUAAAUGUGUGCACUGAAGUCCUUCAUCUCCAUGGCCACGUAUACAAUCAAUCAUUAAUGUUUAAUAAACAAGAGAAGCUGGCUAUAAGAAUCAAGCGCACGUCCAAGAGUGAUACUAUCACUGAGGGAAAAGGCAAACAGAAUGGAUGUAAGGACGCACCGUUGCAUGACACAACUGGACUAAUUACACACGUUAAGCAAAUGCUCAACACAUUUUUCUCUGGAUGUGAUGUUGCCAGGAAGAAAGAGUGAUGUUGACAUGAUGGUACAGUAAAGAUUUUUGAUUUUCUUUCUCAGUGAUGUUCUGUUAGUCAGAAUGAAAGAAGUUGAAGACAGUAUUGCAGUGGUCGGCAUCGGCUGCAAUUUCCCAGGCGGAGAAGGGCUUGACAAUUUCUGGAGGGUUCUGGUGGAUGGGAGAAACUGUUCUGUACCGAUUCCAAAGGAGAGAUUUGAUUUGGCCAGCUGGUAUGACCCAGAUGACAAUAAAGCGGGUAAAUCCCGGACAGCCAACGCUGCUCUCAUUGAAGGGUUCAAUGAAUUUGACCACAAGUUUUUCGGCAUCAGUGACAGUGAAGUGGAACAAAUGGACCCUCAACAAAAACAGCUCCUUCAGUGUGUCUACAGGGCGCUGGAGAAUGCUGGAAUUCCUAUGGAGAAGGCUAGUGGGACCAGGACAGGAGUGUUUUUUGGUUUAAUGAACAGAGAUUAUGAGACAAAUGCUGCACACGUGCAUCCAAGUGUGAUCAACCACUGGACCGGCACAGGCCUUGCAAUGAGUAUUGCAGCAAACAGAGUCUCCUACAUCUUCAACUUCACUGGGCCCUCACUGUCCAUAGACUGUGCCUGCUCAUCGUCUCUCGUGGCUCUUCAUCUUGCCUGUCAGUCCAUUAAACAAGGUGAUUGUGACAUGGCUGUUUGUGGAGGAGUCAACUGUAUCAUAGAGCCAAGGGUGUUUGUUGCUCUCAGCAAGGCCAAGAUGAUCUCACCUGAAGGGACCAGCAAACCUUUCUCCAACAGAGCAGAUGGUUAUGGCAGAGGGGAGGGCUGCGGGGUCGUUCUCCUGAAGCCUCUGAAAAAGGCUAUACAAGACCAUGACCAUAUCUGGGGCAUAAUCAGCAAAACAGCCGUCAACCAAGAUGGACACUCAGUUACUCCAAUCACCAAACCAUCCAUGACUCAACAAGAGGAACUCCUGCGCAGAAUCUACUCAGAGUCUGACCUUGCAGAUGUCCAGUACAUAGAGGCACAUGGAACUGGAACCCCAGUUGGAGACCCAACAGAGGCAGGAAGCAUCUCAAAUGUCAUCGCUAAAGCAAAACCUCCAGGUUCAGAGACACUGCGGAUUGGCUCUGUAAAGAGCAACAUUGGACAUACAGAAUCUGCAGCUGGAGUGGCUGGACUUAUUAAGAUUCUCUUAAUGAUGAAGCAUGAGACCAUUGUUCCUUCAGUUUUCUACUCUGAGGAGACUGCCAGUGUUGACGCCAAAGCCCUGAACAUUAAAGUUCCUAAGAAAGCAGAAAAGUGGGAUUCCUCUCGUGCAAGAAUUGCAGGAGUGAACAACUUUGGCUUUGGGGGUACAAAUGCACAUGCCAUUGUCAAACAGCACAAACAGUCCCACAUUCAGAGAAAGAAUGAUGGGAAACAGGCAGGGUAUUUUGUCAUGUCUGCAAAUUCACCAAAAUCUCUUACUCUGAUGAUGGAAGACACCAUUAAACAGCUAGAAGAUGAACACAAAGUUGAUCUAGAUUCACUGCUGUACACGUCAGCUUGUAGGAGGACGCAUCUAAAACAUAAAUACAGAAAGGCCAUCAUGGUUUCAUCUGUAGUUGAUCUAAAAGAGAAGUUAAGUGCCACUGUAGGCAAAAACAUUCACCCAUCCUACUCAGAUUCAAGGUUAGUGUUUGUCUUUUGCGGAAAUGGUGUCACUUACCAUGGCAUGUGCAAACAGCUACUAAAACAUGAGCCUGUAUUCAGGGAUAAGAUUGAAGAGACUGCACGACUGUUCCAAAGACAUAGUACGCGGAACAUCUUGGACACACUUGAGAGUGAGGUUGAGGGUAGUGACUUCAACAAUCCACAUGUUGUCCAGCCACUCCUCUUUGCUAUCCAAGUUGGCAUUACCACCCUUCUCAGACACUGGGGUGUCAAGCCUGAUGCAAUACUCGGACACUCUGUUGGUGAGGUUGCAGCCGCUCACUGUUCUGGCCUCUUGUCUCUUGAGGAUGCAGUUAAGGUCAUCUAUUUCCGCAGCACUCUCCAGAGCAAAGUCACUGGGGGGAAGAUGCUUGUGAUCAGCAACAUGGCUGUAUCAGAGGUAACUGCUCUUCUCCCUCGUUACUCUGGUAGAAUCUGCCUUGCUGCUUUCAACAGCCCUCACUCCUGCACCCUCUCAGGUGAUGCAGAUGCAAUUGAGAGCUUCCAUAAGGAGCUGAGCACCUCAGCCAACAGUCAGAAUCUGUUCCUUCGUGUCCUGGAUGUCCCGGCUGCUUACCACAGCCACAUGAUGGACCCAAUUCUGCCAGAAAUCAAGGAGACAAUUGGCUCCCUACAGGCGAAUGAUCUUGACACAGAGUUGUUCUCAACAGUGACAGGCAAGGAGGUCCAGGAGGGGGAAUUCUGCACAGGGGAAUACUGGGCUAGAAACAUUCGUGAGCCAGUAGCUUUUGAGCAGGCAGUAAGGUUAGCCACUAAAGGCAAGAAUAACACAGUGUUUGUGGAGAUAGGGCCAAGAAGGGCGCUUCAGAGAAACAUAAUGGAAUCUCUGGGUAAUGACACGCCUGUUCUUGCCUCAGUGCAGCCAGAGAAAGAUCAGGAAACGUUAAUGUCUGUUGUGUCUAAACUGUUUGAACUGGGUGUCCAUGUAAAUUGGAACACCUUCUACAGAGGAUAUGAGACGACGCCACUGCCUAUUCCGAAAUACCAGUUUGAUUGCUCAGACAGAGAUGUUAUCAUUGGGGCAGCACAGAAAAGCACAGCAAGUAAUCACCCUGUGCUCUGCCAAACAGGAAGUGAAAGCAAUGUUUUCAGCUGUGAUCUGAUGUCUGACUCUUCUUUCUAUCUGAAAGAGCACAAGCACAAUGACAUCCCCAUCAUCCCUGGUGCCUUCUAUGCUGAGUUGGGUUUAGCUGCAUGCAUGGCCACCACCAAACCAAAAGUACCACUCAGCUCACUGCGGCUCAGUGUCAGUUUUCACAGUCCAUUUGUUUUAACCCAGCAUUCCCCUGAAAUGAAGGUGCAAGUUGAACAAACAGAGAAGGAAACUAAAUUCAUGGUACUCUCCCCGUCUGCAACGUAUGCGUCAGGCACAGUGGUUUCAAAGAAAGAGAGGCUCAUAGAGGAGCAGUGCAUCUCACUAAGCUCCAUCCUCAAAAGAUGCAAAUCUGUAGUAAGCUCUCAAGAGUUCUAUGGGUAUCUCUCUCAAGGAGGCUUUCAGUAUGGAGAUGUCUUCCUGAAUAAAGCAGAUGUGCACUAUGGAGAAGAUCUCAAGGAGGCUUUUGCAAAUGUCACAGUUCCAGAAGAACUGCGGUCUCAGUUGCAUGACUACUGCAUUCAUCCUGUUGUGCUGGAUUAUCUGAUGCAGCUUCUGCCAGUAACAGUAGAGCACAUUUUCGCUGGUAGACCAGGAUUUCCUGCCAAAAUAGGAAGUUUGACAGUGUUUGAACCCUUGCAUGAUGAGAUGGUUGUCUAUCUGAGAGCAAUUGAUGUGGGCGUUGAUCACUUUGAGAUUUGUGGCUGCUUUGCAGAUAACGAGGGAAGAGUGUUGGUUGAGGUUAAGAAUGUGAUCAUCAAGUACCUUGGCAGUCGCUCACAUGUGGUUGAGGAGUAUUUCUACCAUAAUGCCUUUAGUGUCAUCCCUGAAGGCGACACAUCUGUUCCUCCUCCUAAGGCCCUGGUCUUCUGCGACUCUAUAGGGAUUUCUAAAGGCCUACAGCAAUAUCUGGACUCAAAGUCUACAUACAUUUCCUUCACACAUGCAAAAGAUAUCUUGAGCCAUGGGUUUCCUUCUCAGUUGGCAAAUCUCAACAUAACAGAUAUUGAGAAAAACUUUGAUGAGGUCUUAUUUUUGUGGGGCAAAGAGGACCUCACUUCACUGGCCGCUGAAGUUGUCCUGCAGAAUUUGGCAAACUUGUGUGAAGUUUUCCGCCAAAUUGUCCUUGAGAUGAAGCGAAUUAGCUUCCCAAACAACAUCAGAGCUGUCACCUACCGUUCCUCUGACAUCACAGUGGACCACAUAAGUCCAGGUUUUGCUCUCGCUGGUAUGACAAGAUCAUUUGCUGCAGAAAUACCAGAUCUUACAUUUCAGCUGAUUGACAUAAGCUCUACCUCUGCUGAGGACCUUGCAGCUCUGUCUGAGGUCCUAAGAUCGCAUCCUUGCAGCAAUUACCCAGAGUUGGUGGUAAAAGACGGGCUGAUUCUGAAACCUUCCAUCGUCCGUACUACACCUGAAAUCAGUCCCAGUUCAGAGGGCAGCUUUACCACUACAAUGUCUGACUCCUGCAUCCUUCAGACUGCUGAUGCACAUAAGAUGACUCAACUGAGUGCCAUCCUCUUUGAGGAGGAGGCCCAGCCAAUCAGGGAUACAUCAGUUGAAAUUCGGCCCACAAGAAUAUGUGUUCAUUCAUCUGAUUACUUUCCUGUCAGUGCUUCACAUCUCAAAUUUGGCCAGACAAUGUACUGGAACAAACACUCAUCACAGAAACACAAGCUACUGGCUCUUGAUUUCAGUGGUACUAUUACAGCAGUCGGAAAAGAUGUCAGGAAACUGAAAGUAGGAGACCAUGUUGCUUCCUGUUACCCUGUGGUAGCAGCCAGCAAGAUCACCGUACCAGAGGAUGUGUGCUACAGCACCAAGCGGUUCCCAUUCCUUCAAAAAACACCCUGUGUUUCCUACUUUGUGCUAGCAUGGGAAAUCCUGCAUCGUGUUUUGCCCAGAGCCAAACAUAAUCUAGGAAUUGUAUCAUCUGUGCCUGAUUCUGCUCUGAUGAAAGUCUUGGCGCUCACUUCUUACAAGUCAGGUUGGAAUGUGGUUGUUGGCACACAGUGCAAUGGCUCUUUUGUCAAUGUCAAUCAAAUGGAUGUUUUUGUCGUCCUGCCUCCAUUUGAUGAAUCUCUGAUUGCAAAAAUUUGCAACUUCCCAGGUGUCCAACAUGUUGUCUUCAUCUGUGUAUCUCAGAUGCAGUGCCUGCUUGCUCAGGAUGUGUCCCAAAGUGUGAAGGAAAGUGUUCACGUGCAGACAAUUCAGAUGCCACUCAUUUUGCAAAAGGGAUUCUUGAGUUCACAAAGGCCACACAUUUACCACUGGCUGAAGUUCCUAAACCUGAGCAGGAAAUUUGCUAUUGAGAGCUUUACCUUUCAGAAUGUGAAAUCUGAAAGCAUUGAGAGCCUUGAUUCAGAGACACCACAAUCAUACUUCAACUCAAAGAAGUUAGCUGUUGUAGCUCUGGAUAAAAGUGUCAGCAGUACACUGUCUGAUAUUCCAUUGCUGCCAACAAAAAAACAGCUUUUCCGAAAGAGAGCAGUGUACAUAGUGGCAGGUGGUCUUUCUGGUCUGGGCUUUGAAACCGUCAAGUUCAUUUCACAAAGAGGGGGUGAGUACAUCGUCAUACUCUCCAGGAGCAAGCCCACGCCAGAUGUGCAGCAAGAGAUACACAAUGUGGAGAAACAGUGUGGAAACUUUAUCUCUACCAUGGAGUGUGACGUAUCAGUGUCUGAGUGUGUGCACAAGGUCAUCAGUGUCAUUGGCCAGAAAUUCCCUGGUUGUCCAAUCAGAGGAGUGUUUCACAGUGCAGUUGUCUUGCAUGAUGGGCUGAUUGAGACCCUUGACAGAUCUCUUUAUGAGAAAGUUUUUAAACCCAAAGUAAAUGGUGUACUGAAUUUGCACCAUGCAACAAAGCACUUUCAGUUGGAUUACUUUGUGUGUUACUCUUCCAUCUCAGCUUUUCUGGGAAAUGCAUCACAAACAAACUAUGCAGCAGCCAACACAUUCCUUGACAUGUUCUGUCAUUAUCGGCGCAAACUCGGGCUGCCUGGGCAGUCCAUUAGCUGGGGAGCUCUAAACAUUGGUCUCCUCUUGAACAAGGAGCAUUUCCAGCGGUUUCUGGAGGCAAAGGGGAUGAUGGUGUUGGAUGUGGCUGAGAUUUAUAAAAGUCUGGAGCAAUGCCUUGUGAUCAAUCAACCCCAACAGGCUGUUUGCAGGUUUCACUUCAGAAACAUCAGCCAGAACAUCCUCUCUCAAAAUGUGGCCUUGACCAAGCGCCUGUUCGCACUGGUAGACGAGGCUCUCCAAAAAUCCAAAGAGACAGACUCUCAAACUAAACAAGCCAAAUCUGUCUCACCAAAAGAUUAUGUCAUAUCUCUGCUUUCUGAGACCAUCGGCAUGGAUGAAAGUGAGCUGAAAGAUGAAUCGCCUCUUUUAUCCUUAGGCAUUGACUCCAUGCAGGCCAUGACCCUGCAGAAUCUCAUCUUUCAGGGGAGAGGUGUGAAUGUGCCUUUGGUCAAACUAUUGGAUCCCAAUGCCACGAUAUCAACAGUAGUAGCUAUACUGAGUGAAGAAGAUGAAGGUGAAAGUUUUAGUGAUAACCCAGAGCCGCUUCCAGUGGAAGACAUCAGUGUCGUUUCUACCAGAUUGUAAAAAUGAGAAACGCAAAUACAGAAAUGUAAAUAUUAGUUAUCAGAGCAUUGUAAUGCUGGACUAGCUGAACAUUUCUAAUUGGAUUCAGUAGAAGGCUGAUGAUGGCCAUUGCAAUGCAACAGCAUACCUGUGUUAAUGCCACAUAUUUAUACUGUAUUUUUCUUUUCUUUUUUUUUGUAAAUGCUUUGCUUUGGUUAUUGUUUUGGUUCAUUUUGGUGUUGCAGUUUUACACUGUAAUUUUUAUGUUUUUUUGGAGACAUGCCUGAUUUUGAAUGGAUGUUUUGUAUUGGGUUUACUCAUUCUGUUUUGUGUAAUAUGUUCAUGAUGAAAACAGUCAGAAUUACACUUUAAUACACAGUUAUUGUUGUUAAAUGAUUUUAACAGUUAAUAAUUUAUGUAAAUACAUGUAAAUAUUUGUAUAAAUGUAAAUGUAAGUGCAUUCUUAGUUUAUCAAUUUUCAUCCAUUUUUAAAGUCAUUUUUCAAAUCUAUCACGGCGUUCGGUCCGCAUAAUACUAUCAUCUUUUAUUUGUCUGUUUUACUUUCACUCAUCUCUCAUAGGUCAUGGUCAGUUGUUAUCACUGCUGGCUCAUUGAUUCUGAUUGAUUAUCACUUUUAUCAUGGUGAUGAUGGAACAAAAUGUGAUACAGUAUCCUGGUAUGUCCCAUAAAUGUUCAAUUGCAGAAAUAAUUAUUGAGUCUUUUGCUGUUUCAGCCACUAAUUUAUUACAUGUGUGGACAAGGACAUUGCUUCAAUAAGGAUAUACAUGCAAAUAAAUUUAAAAAAAAAAAAAGAUAUUCUAAUAUCUUAUGUAAGUAUUUAUAGCUCUAUUUUUCUCUAAAUACAAAUCACAACUAAGCACUUCCUCCUAUCAGUCAAUAAAUUAUUUGGCUAUAGAACUAUUAUGGGGAAUUUUGAUAGUACAGAUAUUUGGUAUUGCAUCUGCGAUUUUAUACCAGCGCCUAUUAAAAAUAUAAAUAUAUCUGUGAAAUGGUACAUUUGGUGCAUUUCAUGUUGUCAUUGCAACAUGUCUCAUGUUGUUGUUUUUAAUUUUUUGUUUCUUCAUGACACAAUAAAACCAGC